AUGGCUGGUAAUGCAGACUUUGGAGCUGUGGUUCCCCUAGAGUCGGAUCCUAGAAUAUUCACCGAGUUUUCGAGGAAGCUUGGACUCUCCCCACUUCUUGCCUUUUGCGAUAUUUACUCAAUUACAGAACCUGAUCUAUUAGCGGUUCUUCCCCGGCCACUCAAUGCAAUCAUCUUACUAUUUCCUGUUACGGAUGCAUACGAACAGUACAGGGAGUCUGAGGACAAACGGCAACAUGCUGAUGGCAGCGAUAUCCAAAAUAUUUUGUGGUUUAAGCAACUCCUUAAGAAUGGAUGUGGACUAUACGGAUUGCUACACGCAGUUUGCAAUUUGCCCGAGGGUCUAAUCGUGGACAGGUCGAAGAUAUGGAAUUUCAUUAAUGACGUUAGGUCACUACAAAGGUGCACAAACUACAAUAACUUUGCUCGAAAAACACAUCUCAUAUCAAACCUAUUUCUCUCCGCUUACAGCGAAUACAGUCAGCAGGGACAAACCCCAGCACCUGAUGCAGAGGAGGAUGUCAAUUUGCACUUUAUUUGCUUCACCAAGGGGAGAAAUGGUCAUAUCUAUGAGUUGGAUGGACGAAGAAUCGGACCUGUCGAUAUGGGAAGGUGCGAUUCCAAUUCUGACGUCUUAGACUCAAAAGAAGUCAUCGACAAAAUAAAAUUGUACAUGAGUUUUGCAGAGGGUCAGGACAGCCUGAAUUUUGCAAUGAUGGGAUUGGGGCCGGAACUCGAAUAA